AUGACUGAGCAGCAUCUUGUAACAAUUGACUCCGUCAAGGCAUACCAGCUCUACGACGGCGAGGAGAUCCCAUUGGCUGAAGGCCAACUCAUGCUUACUGCCCACAAUGGCUCCUCCAUCCUCGCUAUUCAUCCCGACCUCACCAUUCCCCUCGAAUCUGAUACCAACGUGAUCUCACGGUCACUAUACACAUACAUCAUCCCUAUUGCUGACGUUGAAUCGACAUCAAUCCGGAUCGACCUCCCUCAGUCAACACCCACAGACCUCUGCGAGUAUUUUGAGCACUAUCUGGGUGAACUGUGUGCGUUUGAGGCUGCAAGCACCCAAGUCUCGGAGAAGGCGCCCAUCCGCAACGCACUCGUCCUAAUCGACGAAGACGACGGCUCCAUCGUCGGGCGCGUCUCAGAAGACCUCCAAAUCCGGGAAUCACCCAUCCUUUCUCGUCCCGGUCACGAAAAGGACGCAGUACUCAUCGACCUCGCCAAGCCCUCUCCUUCCGCUUCUCCCAGUCCUUUGGGCUUAACACGUCCUCCAGUCCUCCACGCCGAAUCCGCAACAUCUAUUACCGACAAAGAAGAGUCUGACGCAUUCAAUACCACGGCUCGAUUUAUCGGGAAAGCACUCACUGUCGGUGCAGGCGCAAUUGGCUCAGGCUUCCACCUCGCCGCACAAGCCUACACCAAACGCACAAAGCCCAGCACAGCAACCUCAUACACCCCCCGCACAAAGGAGAGCUUCCGAAAGGUAAAGUCAGCGACAGACACAGCCGCCCGCUACUCUGGCGUCGCCUCCGGCGCAGUCGUCGGAGUCGCAAACCGCGUAGGCGCACAAAUCGCCUCCACCGUCCUCCCCAAACAACGAACCAACACCAAAACUGGACAACCCACAGGGUUACGUGCCACACUGGCUAAAGCGAGUAAUGCGUUUAAUAUCGUUGCGGAUUCGGCGGAGGAUGCGGGUAAGCAUAUUUUGAAUGAGAGUUCGACGGCGAUUGGGACGGUUGUGGGACAUACGUAUGGACCGGACGCACAAGCUGCCGCGAUGGCUGUCGGUGGGUCAGUGAAGAACUUGGGGCUGGUGUACAUCGACGCAAUGGGCGUGACACGCCGGGCACUACUCAAAGGCGUCGCACAGGGUGCAAUUAAAUACAAAAAGAUCAACAAGGAGACCGGGAAAGUCGAGGAGGGUGAGAUUGUUGUACAGGGUGAAGGCGUGGGAGGAGGAAUGGGGGCGAGUGGGAGACUGAGUGGGGAUGGGAAGGGCGUUGCGAGCAGUAUUGGGGAGGCGGUACAGAAAAUUGAGGCGGAGGGGGGGCAGAUUACGGGGGUUGUGGUGGAUGAGAAGGUACGGCCUGUGAGGGACUGA